GAAUGUCUCGUGAUGGGCAGGGGGCCUUUGGCGUCAUCUUCAUCCUCGCAGUCGGACUGCUGCUGACCACCCCGGCACCGACGCAGGCGCAGGGGACAGGCAACGGAGGCGAUGAGCUGCCGGAGGAGGACGAGUCGCGCAUCAUCGGUGGGAGACCUUGUUCCAUCAACCAACGACCUUUCCAAGUUGCCCUCAUCAAGAGGGGGCAGAUCUUGUGCGGAGGAAGCUUGAUAGACGCCCAAUGGGUCCUGACGGCCGCCCACUGCAAGCAGCCAAUCGGGGCCCUCAAGGUGUUGAUCGGGACGGACACGUUACGGGACGGGACGGGGCAGGUGAGGUCCAUCUCCAAGCUCCGGGUCCACCCGGCCUACAACCCCCAGAAGAACGACAAUGACUUCAUGCUCCUGAAGCUGAACAAACCCGUCCAGUUCAACAACAACAUCAAGAAGAUCCGAUUGGCCACCAGUUGUCCCACGGAUGGGAUGAAGUGCAGCGUCUCCGGCUGGGGAACGACCAAGUCUCCUGGAG